AUGUAUUCAGCAAUGUCCAUCAGAAAGUUUAGAAAAAAACCCAAAAAAAGGCGCUUAAGAAAGUGUGCAAAGAAGUCUUCAAAGGAUUCUCUAGAACCAUACGCAAUUGACCGUCAUCCCGAGGAACUACUCGCAUGGGUAAACGAUAGAUUGAAGUCUAAUAUUCGUAAAAUUGAGGAACUAUCGAACGGUGCAGCGUACUGCCAACUUAUGCAUUAUCUCUAUCCAAAACUCAUGGAUAUGAGGAAGGUAACAUUUUACACCAACAAUAAAUUCGAUAGAAUCAGAAAUUUUUUACUGUUGGAAAUGGCUUUCUUUAAACGCUGCGUGAUAAAAGACAUACCAUUUGCUCUGCUUAUCGAGUACAAAUAUAUGCCGAAUUUGCGGUUUCUCAUAUGGUUUAAAGAUUACUUCGAUUACAACAAGGUAAAACCUGAUAAGGAGUAUGAUCCAUUGGCGGAACGUUUUAAUCACACUCUUGGAUAUGGUCCUGCGAAGGAGGAACAUUUGGAAACAUACAUAUCGGAUGUCAACUAUAAAGCGGAGAAUGCUUAUAAGGGUAAACUUUUGUGCCGAUAUGUACGCGACAAAAUUACUAGAGAUUUGAAGCGAGAAGAGCAACGUCUUAAGAUUGGUGAGCAUUUUUUGAACGAAAAGUAUGGAGAACGAAAUUCUUAUUUGAAAAAAUUAACUCGUGUUGCGGAAAUUUGUGAGGAUUACAAUCCUAAAAAUGAAUUUAUCAUGAAAGUUAAAGCUAUUUUAAACGGUCAACCAGUUUCCACAAAGAAAGGGUCGAAAAAAAUCAUUUAA